AGCGGGUUCCAGCUUCUUUGCUGCAUAGAUUACAACGGUGAUGGCGGGCAAGCGGUCCGGCUGGAGCCGGGCGGCUCUCCUCCAGCUCCUUCUCGGCGUGAACCUGGUGGUGAUGCCGCCCACCCAGGCCCGGAGUCUGCGCUUCGUUACCUUGCUGUAUCGCCAUGGAGACCGUUCACCAGUGAAGACAUAUCCCAAGGACCCCUAUCAGGAAGAAGAAUGGCCCCAGGGGUUUGGUCAGUUAACCAAGGAGGGGAUGCUACAGCACUGGGAGCUGGGCCAGGCCCUGCGGCAGCGCUAUCAUGGCUUCCUAAACACCUCUUAUCACCGGCAAGAGGUUUAUGUGCGAAGCACAGACUUUGACCGGACUCUCAUGAGUGCUGAGGCCAACCUGGCUGGACUCUUCCCUCCCAACGGGAUGCAGCGCUUCAACCCGAACAUCUCGUGGCAGCCUAUCCCUGUGCACACUGUGCCCAUCAGUGAGGACAGGCUGCUGAAGUUCCCGUUGGGCCCGUGUCCCCGUUAUGAGCAGCUGCAGAACGAGACCCGGCAGACACCAGAGUAUCAGAAUGAGAAUUCUCGGAAUGCACAAUUUCUGGACAUGGUGGCCAACGAGACAGGGCUUACAGACCUGACACUGGAGACCGUCUGGAAUGUCUAUGACACACUCUUCUGUGAGCAAACGCACGGGCUGCGCCUGCCGCCCUGGGCCUCACCCCAAACCAUGCAGCGUCUCAGCCAGCUAAAGGACUUCAGCUUCCGCUUCCUCUUCGGAAUCUACCAGCAGGCGGAGAAGGCCCGGCUUCAGGGGGGAGUCCUGCUGGCUCAGAUAAGGAAGAACCUGACCCUAAUGGCGACCACCUCCCAGCUCCCCAAGCUGCUGGUUUACUCCGCGCAUGACACUACCCUGGUUGCCCUGCAAAUGGCACUGGACGUCUACAACGGUGAACAAGCCCCCUAUGCCUCCUGCCACAUAUUUGAACUGUACCAGGAAGAUUCUGGGAAUUUCUCAGUGGAGAUGUACUUUCGGAACGAGAGUGACAAGGCCCCCUGGCCGCUCAGCCUGCCUGGCUGCCCUCACCGCUGCCCACUGCAGGACUUCCUUCGCCUCACAGAGCCCGUCGUGCCCAAGGAUUGGCAGCAGGAGUGCCAGCUGGCAAGCGGUCCUGCAGACACAGAGGUGAUCGUGGCCUUGGCUGUAUGUGGCUCCAUCCUCUUCCUCCUCAUAGUGCUGCUCCUCACCGUCCUCUUCCGGAUGCAGGCCCAGCCUCCUGGCUACCGCCACGUCGCAGAUGGGGAGGACCACGCCUGACAACCACUCAGCCCGCUUCCCUCCGCCUCCUGGGGAGGUGGGCUGGGCCUCGCUCCUGACGGUUGCUGCUCCCCAGCCCAUGGACGGGAGGUCCCGGGCUGGGCCUCCCUCUGAUGACCCCAGCCAGAUGAGCGAGUGGGGCUCAGCGUGGCCCGUGGUGCCUGUCACUCAGCAUUCCCAUGCCUGAUGUUUACCAAGUGCUGUGUUGGACACUGGCUUUCUCCAAACAGGAUUUGCCUCCUCCACGCUCCCUACACACCUGAGAUGUAAACUGGUGGUCAGUGUUCACUCAGGACCUAGGAUCAGAAAAUGGCAGAGUUGGUGCUGGAUCCGCCUUGCACUUCUAUCAAGCCCUGUUCUUUUUCCUCCAGCCUGAAGUAUUUGGCAAAUAGCUCAGAGGGACACGGUCUUGCCUCUCAGUGCUUAUUUUAGUGGGAAAAACAGCUAAUACCAGGGGUACAAACAUUGGCUCCCAAGGAACUGGAUCACCCAACAGCCAGCCAGCCACAUUUCCCUGUGUCUGGCUAGAGCCACCAUUAGACUCAGACAGAAUGCUUCAGGAAUCUUUGUCACCCCUUCAAAUGGAGCAGGACGGAAGGGUGUCUGUACUUGGGGGGGAGUGGGGAGUGGUGGGAAGGGAGGUGCUUGUCACACGAAUCAGGAAACUGCUCUCCCUCAGCUGGGCUGGGGUCUCCAGGGACCUGAGCUACAUGCAGGUUGUGAGCUGGAAAAGAAAGUUCUAGACUGUGGCCCAGAAUAGGGCUGGGGCAGCUCCCAGAGAAUGAAUAGUGCUGUUUCCUAUUGGACUGA